AUUCGAAGACAUCUGUCUCAUCACUAGGGUUUGCACCAACAAAGCGGAAGCUACGAUUCCCCUCCUCUCGGCUGUGUACGACCGUCGCCCAUCCGGGAGAUCCUACUACUUUUACGGGUUUCCGGUCGAAUCCUUCGCCUUCCCUUUCUCCUACAGAUUUCUGAUGAGGAGGUACAGUCCACCUUACCAUAGUCCACCCAGGAGGGGUUAUGGUGGUAGAGGAAGAAGUCCACCCAGGAGAGGUUAUGGGGGUGGGUAUGGUGGGAAGGAACAGGGAUCUGGCAGCCUUUUGGUUCGGAAUAUUCCUCUAAAUUGUCGUCCUGAGGAUCUUCGAGCUCAAUUUGAUAGAUUUGGUCCUGUUCGAGAUGUUUAUCUGCCAAAGAACUACUAUUCUGGAGAGCCACGUGGCUUUGCAUUCAUAGAGUUUGUUGAUCCUUAUGAUGCUUCAGAGGCACAAUAUCAUAUGAACAGGCAAGUGUUUGGUGGUAGGGAGAUAACUGUGGUUGUUGCAGCUGAGUCAAGGAAAAGGCCAGAUGAGAUGCGUAAAAGAGGUAGAGUCAGAGGGCCAUCUGGUUAUGAUCGUCGCCGCCCUUCUCAUCAUGGACGGUCACGGUCUCGUUCAAGGUCACGCUCACACUCUCCCCGUUAUUCUUCAAGGGCUCGACAUCAUUCACGAUCAUAUUCACCUGCACCAAAAUCCCGCCAUGAUGACUAUUCUCCAAAUAGAAGGCAACGCAGUCAGACAAGAUCUCCAAGAGAACAUUCAAGGGAACGCAGUGAAGAUGAUGACCACCGAAUCAAUUCUCCAAGCUACAAAGAUGCUAACAGAAAUGGAGAUGCUAAUGGUUAUGAUGAUAAGCGUUUGCAUGAUGCUGAGGGAUCACGACAUCAGAGAUCACCAAGGCCAAAACGUCCCUCAGUUUCACCUCCUGGUUCAAGAUCGAGAUCUGCUGAUUCAAGCCCUAGAUGAAACAGUGCGUGAAAAAGGGUGUGACCCUUCUAUUUGUUUCUGUUCUAAAGUUCAUGAAUGACGAUAACAAUGUAUCUCAUCUCUUGCAUGGUAACCAGAAGCUGGAUGACACUUUGCAAAUCUGAAGUCUCGUGUUGGAUGAGUUGUAGGAUUUUGUGGUUUGGUUAUUGUAAGAUAUUUGACAUGGAUUGUGAUGUUACUUAAACUCUUCUGAGAACACCUUCAGCGUUAGUUGUAGUAACAGAUUUGUCUUUAACUUUUAACUUAUUGGUUUACUCGAAAAGUUAUCAUCUUUGAGAUUA